AUGGGAGAUGUCUAUGUCCGGGGCUACGAAGCCAAGGCCGGGAAUCACGAGUCUUUCGCAGUGUCCCACGCCGAAUACAGGAACGCCCUCGAAGCACUGUACCGCAGCGUCCUGGAAUUGCAGCUCCCGGCUUACCGCUAUUAUGCCAAGAACUUUACCUUCCGCCUGGAGCGGGAUAUUGUCAAGUGGGACGGCUGGGAUGCAUUAUUGGACGAAAUACGCGAACAGGAACGUGUUUUCACCGCCGUCAGCACAGCCCGGAGGGACAUGAAGUAUAGAAGAUUGCUUCAAAAAGGCCUCAGGCCAGGCACGAGCGAAUGGCUGUUGCACGGCAAUGAGAAGUUCAAGGCCUGGCAGGAUUCUCCAAGUUCAAGACUCUUCGCUCACAAAGGGGAGCAGAACGCAGCCACGAUGCUCGGAGCGCUCGUGAAGCAGAUCUGCUCCCGUCGGCCAAAUAAGCCACAGCCGAUCAAGGACCUGGAGCAGUACAAAGAGAGAGGCGAGCGCCCGGGUGUAGAGACCCUUGAGGCUGCAUUGGCAGCAACCGUGCGAGGGUUCUCAGCUGUGCACAUCGUCAUCGACGGCCUCAAUGAAUGCCCGGCGCUUGCUGGGAGCGAGGAGAGCUUUUUGAAAGCCCUGACCGCAUCAUUACUGCAGCAUCCAGCAGCGUCCAAAUCCUUUAUACCAGCCGGAAGGAGGCCGACAUUGACGCAGCCCUCGGCGGCUUGCUGUCUCCACCGGUCAUGGUCGGAAGGCGUCAAGAAGGAGGCGAGGGAACGGCUGAUUGAGAAAGCAGAGGGGGUGUUCCACUUCGUCGUAGUGUACGAAUAUGACGACCCCAGAAUCUUCGACCAGUUCUAUCACGCAAAGUGCCGUACAACGGCAUGGUACCCAUCUAUGACGACGACGACGACGAUAAUGAUGACGAUGAUUAUGACGACGACAACGGGGUGGCGGCGGCGGCUCUGGUUAUCCGAUCCGGUUGCUAUUCUCCGACCAACACCCAUAGAACGCCUCCUCGACUACGUGGCCGACGUCAACAAGCAAGGCGGCCGCUUCGGGAGCGCGUGGCACGCCGCGGCGGCAGCGGACACGGAAUAUCCGCAAUGGGAAAAGCUCAUGAGGCUACUCCUCUCCCGCGGGCGCGUCGAGAUCAUUGACGCCCGAGGAGACGAGCGGCACGACGCUCAGCACUGCACGCUGUCUUUCAGAGCCAGAAUCCGCUUGGGGAUGCGCUCCAGAUGAUGAACUUCCUGCUCGACCACGGCGCCAACCCCAAUCUGAGCGCCGGCAUGUACGGUUUCCGCUCCAGGCAGUACGCGCAGACCACUACAACUCCGACCGCCUUACUUGCAGCACUGCAGGCGGCCGCUUACUCAGGCCAGAUAUCUUCAGGGUCGACCCCUUUAUCACCAAGGACAGCCAACAGCUUAUUGAAGUAUUCGGCAACAACCGCAGGUUGUUCGGCUUUCUGGCGAUUAGCGUUGAGCUUCCUUUGCCACUGCUUGCGGUAUCCAUAGCGCUUGAUGAACCGGGAGGUCCAGUUCUAGCCGACAAC